GUCAGGUCUCUUGUCAGGUGCAUUAUCAGCAGGCGCGCGGGGAUACGUCAAAAAAGCAUAUAGAAAAUCGCUAUAAAAUGAAGUAUGUUCGAAACUCAGUGUUUUUCUCUCAUUUAUUAUAAAAAUGAGAAAUAAUUCUCGGGUUUUCAAAAGUUUUUGAUCGAUAUUCAGUUAUAAAAACGUGAAUAAAAAACGUGUGAGCUUGGUGCGAAGAAACGAAAUCUUAUCGCUCCGUGUUUUUCCGGCGGUCGAACUACAAUUCCUGUCAAGCAGGAAGUAUGAUAAUUACCCCUAUGCUUUCAUUAUAGCUCCGGCUGUUUGAUAACGUGUAUAUGCGAUGAAGUAUAAUAUAUGCAAAGCCUCUAAAAAUGACUGAACCCUGCGGGUUCCCUACCAAUACGUACAUAAACGUCUGGUAUGCUAAUGGAACCAAGUUCGAUCAUUAGAGAUCUGACCUUCUGGAAACACUAACCCUAUAAUCAUCUUCCGAACAUUUUCGCCCAUGCUGUAUCUCGGUUCUUGUCUUGGAUUUGACAUAACCCUCGUGUGCAUCCAGGCGCAAAACCUCCGUCAAAAAAACUCUUACUACAUUGUACAAGCUCCGCUACUUCCUACGUCAUCAUGUUUGAGAGCACGCUCGGACUAGGACUUUUAGUCCUCUUAGCGAAUCCUUGUCUUGCUCUCUACACUGACUGGGACAUAGAUGGGCAAUGUCCUGGACUCGUUUCAAGGAUUUUUACACGAUACACACCACGUGGCAAUUUGACUUACACCAUUUUUACGGAACGGCCCGAACUCCAAGGACUAGAUCAAUGUAUAUUGGGCUGUUGCACAGCACCGCUGUGCAACGUUGUUCUAACAUACAAUGCAACGUGUUUCCACGUACAUUGUUUAAAUUCAGAAAUGUGCACUCCCCUCUUCAGACCUGACACACUACCUGAGGACCCUCCAAGAAUGAUUCUAGUCAAACCUGUUAAACCAAACGAAAUAUGGGCUGAUUUCUUGGAUCAUGUGCCUGAUGAAACCACCGGAACAGAGCAACGUGAGCCAAUGGAAUUUUUCCAAUCCAGUGGAGUUAACUGUCUGGACGAUGCAUCAUCUUGUAUGGAAAAUGAGGUUUGCGUCGCAACAGAUAUUAAGAGACAAUACGGAGUUUGUCAAUGUACUAUUGGUUACAAAAGGAACAUGGCUGACAAGUGUACACCACUGAUCGGGCCUCAUACUCUCGGAGAAUCACGGAAUUUGGGUGAAGAAUCGGGGAUGAAAGAUACCACCACUUCGAUCAAGCCUCCUCUGCAGCAUCUCGUCGUUUCGGUCGUUUCCAAAGAAGUCAGGUUGCCAGAAAACGAAGUCAUUUUAUCGGCCUUCACCGUUCCUGCCGAACAAGGAAACGAACACUACAAUUACGCGUGGAGUCUUCUGAGUCAACCCGAUGGACACACAGGGACAAUGACUGACCAAAAUCGGAUGACCGUCAAACUCAGCAACUUGUCCGAAGGACUCUAUAAAUUUCGAGUCACCGUUACCAGUCCCAAUGCUUAUGGCGAAGCCUACGCUAAUGUCAGUGUCUUACCACCGAAGCGGAUCAAUCAAGCACCCAUAGCGAUAAUAUCACCAGCAUCUCAAGUAGUCAAGUUACCCAAUACGGGAGCCGUUCUGGAUGCCUCACCGAGUCGAGACGACGAUCGGGUGAUACGAUAUCAUUGGGAACUGCAACAAGGCCCCAUUGGUUAUCAGCCAAGUUUGAUAGACACGCCAACACUUCAACUAGACAACCUUGUCGCUGGAAAUUACACUUUCAAAUUAACGGUCGAGGAUUCUGAUCACAUUACAAAUUCUACAACAGCGAACAUUACAGUCCUCAAAGUAACGGAUUAUCCACCGAGCGCCAACGCUGGUCAAGAUAUUAUAAUAUAUCUUCCUCAAAACACGUUAACUCUAAAUGGUAAUUUGAGCACCGAUGAUCGAGGCAUAGCUAGUUGGGAAUGGACGAAAAGUCCAUCUGAUCAAAACAAAGCUGUCGACAUGCAAAAUACUAGAACUCCUUAUCUCCAAUUGUCAAAUUUGGAGGAAGGAAUGUACACUUUUGUUCUCAAAGUUACCGACGAUUCGGAUCAGUCCUCAACAGCUGAAGUUCACGUUUUCGUUAAACCACCGACCAACAAACCUCCCAAAGCCAACGCUGGCAACAACAUAACAAUUGCUUUACCGGAAACUCGGACGGUGCUCGAUGGUAGUAAGAGCAAGGACGACGUAAAAAUUGUUUCCUAUCACUGGCAACAAAUAAGUGGGCCAAGCAAAGUUGAAUUCAGUGCGGCGAACGAAUCGAUCACAAAUAUUACGAAACUGACCAAAGGAGAUUAUGAUUUUAAAUUGACUGUAAUCGAUGAUAAAGGAAAUAAAGAUUCCGAUACGGUCAAGGUUAAAGUUACCCAGAAUAAAAAUGCAGCACCCAAAGCAAAUGGUGGUGGCGAUCAGAACGUCGUAGCUCCCGUCAGCGCUCUGUUCAUCAACGGUUCUCAAUCUUCAGAUGAUUUGAAAAUAGGCCAGUGGGAAUGGACUCGCGAUCCUUCGAGUCUGGCAAUCGGCACGAUUGUCGAAGGAACGGAUAAAUCGCCGAUAUUAAUGGUCACAGAUAUUGUGCCGGGACGUUAUGUGUUCAAAUUGAAAGUGACUGACGAUCAAGGGCUCAGCAGCGAAGACACCGUUUCUGUUAUCGUUAAACCUGAUCCAGAGUUAUUGCAUUUAGUUGAACUGACCCUCAACGUUGGUGCACAAUUAUUGACAGAGUCCCAGAAGGCGUCUCUAGUCUUGAAACUUCAAAUGUUAUUGCGCGACGAGGUGUCUAUAGUCGUGCGAAAUUUAAAAUCCGAACCCCGAACCGGACGUGCGCGAUUAGUUUUCUACGUUCGUCAAAAAGACAAAAAAACGAGUAUGGCCGGACCGGAAGUGGUACACAGAUUGAGAGAAAAACUUCGACAAGAUUCUGGCCUUUUACAACUGUCUGUUGCUGCUGUUGAGACCGCCGUUUGUCAGAACAAUUGCUCCGGACACGGUGUCUGUGACGAGGAAUCUAGACAAUGUUUGUGCGAAGCUUUUUGGAUGCAAAAUUUGAUACAAAAGUAUUUUGGAAACGGGGAAUCGAAUUGCGAUUGGAGCAUUCUCUACGUUAUAAUAGCGCUACUAUCGUUGAUCGUCUGUUGGGUUGGUCUCGUGUGGGGAAUCGUUUGUUUAUGCAGCCGUAUUUGCGGUAAAAGGAGAUUAUUGAGACCAAAGAAAAAACCAACACGAUACUCGCUUCUUCAGCCAGAAGCCGAGGAUGACAGUAGUGCAUUUUCAGCUCACAAAAUGGUCCUUUCAGAAUCCGACACGGAUUCUGAUGACGUACUAUUCGAGCACCGAAAAGGCAAAAACGGCCACUUGAGAAACGGCAAGACUCGGAACGGUUUCCUCAAAACCGGUUCUCGUGUAAAAACAUGAAAUCACAUCUCGAAUUUAUUUUCCACUUGUAAAUGUAUAAGGUAAAACCUAAAAGAAUAUGAAAAGUUAGUCGAUUCAAAUGUUUGUCGAUGGGGCGAAAAGAUGACUGACGAAUGUGGUAAGACGCACAUUUGCGUAUUGAUUUUGGCCAAACAUUUAGUACUAGUCACAACAAGCUGUCGAUUAUUUUGGGAUUAUCGUAUCGCUCGAUACCCGUACCAGUCGUGGCUCGAAAUAUCAUUGUUUUCAUUUAUUUUAUACUUAAACUUAUGCUGUACUGAUAUUUAUCUCUGUGAUUAGUACUGCAAAUCGACGUGGCUGCGAAAACCUUACGAAUAAGGGCGUAGUGCAAUUUCACAAAUGCACUGUUUGAAUCAUUCCUCGGUUUGAUUUUUUUUUUUAAUUAUCGUGUAAUUUAUCUUAUGACAAAUAUGCCAUGGCUAUGAAAUAUGUACUUUAUCAAUGGUAUGAUUAUCUAAAUAUUUAAGCAAGAAAAGUUUUUUGUGCACGUUACACAGGGUAAAGAGACAACGCAAAAAACAGGUUGACAGAAUAUCGCUCCGUCGGAAUUGGGCACAUAGUUUUAAGCAAUUAUCGAAAAUCGCUGUGUUUGUGAUUUCGUCUAUGAUUUCCUAAGAAAGAACCGUCAAAUAUGUGAUCAGAUCUCAAAGCCUACGUUCGCUAGAAAUGAAAAAACAAAACAGAAAUUUUGGUGCAUUCGAACAAUGCAAACAUGAACACUCAAAUUUUAAAAAUCACUCAUUGCCUAUCACUGAAUCGAGCGAAAAUAGUUUUACCGUUAAAUUGUGAUGUUACUCGUACUAAAGUGUGAAAUGUGGAUUAUAAAAAUGAGCCGUAAAUAUUUUGCACCCUCGUUUAAUAAACCGAACGAUUAUUUAUCCUGUCAUUAGAGUAACGUGAGAUGAAAUUGUGAGCGCGAUACUGAUGUCGGAAGUUCCUAAGGGAACUAAAAACAAAGAGAUAAAAACGUAAUUUAAUUACGAUAAAGAAAUAUUGUGUCAAGGCUGUUUCAUUGGUUUAUGAAUGCCACAGAUUGCAGCCACCUACAUUCCAUGUUCGUUGCUUCAGAUAUGUGAGAAUGAGCUGGAGUAUUGAACAAAGAAACAUAUGUAUGUUUAAUUGUAUAUAAAAAAUGAUGAAACAGUAAAAAAGAACAUAACGUUUGUGAAGAAUGGUUGAAAGUAGAUGUAAAUGUGACGGUGCCUGUACCUUCGACCAUGAACACUUCAAAUAUAGGUUUUAUUUGCAGUGAAA